AUGGCGAUCUCCUCCUCUAUUGCUCUCCUCCUCUCCCUCUCCGCCGUCUCCUCCACCGCCUCCGACUCCUACUACUACUGCUACGUUUGCCGCGGCCGCAACCCCGUCGCGCGCACGCGGUGCCCGGUCGAGCUCCCCCGCUGCGACCUCAUCUGCUCCGCCUCCGACCUCUCCUCCUCCUCCUCCUCCUUCGCCGGCGAUCUCCGCCGCGGCGACGGCGGCUGCGGCGCCGAGUGCUACAUCAUGCAGCUGUACCACGACGGUAGCUACACCAUCCGCUACGUCGACUGCUCCGUCGUCCCCUACUGCAGGCUCCUCUGCAAGGAGAGCCUCCCCGCGCCAUGCAGCGCCCGAUCAUCCGAGAUGCCGAUCGAACCUCGUGGAGGCCUCGAUCUUCCCGGCGGCGCCUCUCCCACCUCCGCUCCGUUUCCCCUCUACUACACGUGCUACCUCUACCGCCUCAUCGACGACGACGUCCGCGUCCUCGUCGACCUCACCCGGUGCGAGGACGACGAAUCCCCCUACUGCGCCCUCAUCUGCCCCGGGGCGGACCCCUCUCCGCCGCGGCCGCCGCCGCCGCCUCCCGAUUCCCCGAUCAUCCCCUCCGGCGCCGGCGCCGACGACAUGGUCUGCUACAUUGUCCAGAUGUACGACAUCUCCCGCUACGACAGCUUCUUCGUCGACUGCUCCCUCAUCGGCCGCUGCUCCCUCGGGUGCUCAUCGCAGCCCCCUCCCUUUCCGCCUCCCCUGCCGCCGCGAGAAGGAGAGGAGGGCUCGGAUCUCCGCGGAUCUAGGGUUUCGCGGGGGGACCGAUUGUUCGUUGAGUGUACUCCCCCCGACGAUCCGGGGGCUAGGGUUUCGACGGCGGCGGCGGAGGGAGAGAUCUACGACGCGACGGAGCUUUUGGUCGAUGAGAUGUGAUAAUGUGGAGGCGAACCUCUAGCUAGGAGGCCUAGGGUUCGGAUCAGUGCACUGUGGACUAUUAUAAGCCUCCUCCCAUUGCAGGUUCGGAGUGGUACGUUCACAAGUUUUCAUCAGAUAUUAUAGAACAAUUUGGAAAGCUCCCAGGUAUAUACUCUCUCUCUCUCUCUCUCUCUAUCUCGCUCUCUCUAUUUGUUUGGUUUACGGCGUAAUUUUGGCGAUAUACAAAAAGUGAUAGAAUUCAAAUUC